AGACACCAACCUAAUGCACAUCUCCACCAAAACCUGAAGACAGUCUGCAGGGGAGCUUCAUUAAUUUUUCACAGGACUCAUCUCACAGUGGCUGAGCAGGGCUGAGACAAAGCCACGUUCGGAGUGCCUGUGCCAGCAGCCCGCAAGGGGUUAAGCCAUUAGCCCAUAUCCUGGUGAGCUCAUCCCCGCCGGAGCCUGCUCAGUGGCUGGAUCCGCUGCACACACCGACUCCUGGAUGGGGCCGGGGAGGCUUUCUCUGGCUGGGAUGAAGAACUUGAGCAGAAACUCAUUGCCGGCUUCCUCCCUGUGCGAGCUGUGUGUGAUUCCCCGGUCCGCUGCCCUUCCCCGGGACAUCGAGGACAGUUACUGGUGCUGGGUCCGAAGAAGCCAUGACAAUGGAGGCUGUCCCCAAGAAGGCCUUGGAGGUCGAUGAGAAGUCUCCAGAAUCCAAGGACCUGCUGCCUAGCCAGACCGCCAGCUCCCUGUGCAUCAGCUCCAGAAGUGAGUCUGUCUGGACCACCACCCCCAGGAGUAACUGGGAAAUCUACCGCAAGCCCAUCGUCAUCAUGUCCGUGGGUGGCGCCAUCCUCCUCUUCGGCGUGGUCAUCACCUGCUUGGCCUACACCCUGAAGCUGGGUGAAAGUAGCUGUAAGGUCCUUAAGAUGAUAGGGCCUGCCUUCCUCUCGCUGGGACUCAUGAUGCUAGUAUGUGGGCUGGUGUGGGUGCCCAUCAUCAAAAAGAAACAGAGGCAGAGACGGAAGUCGGUUUUCUUCCAGAGUCUCAAGUCCUUCUUCCUGAAUCGCUGAUGGCAGCCUCACCUUCUGUCCUCCCCAUCAUCCUGCCACCUCAACCAGGAGAAGGAGAUCUGACAUUUAACAUCUCCAUCUCCUUGGUGGGAUUUGCCAUGAAACUGAUGCAGGCACAUCCUCUUCCUGGCCCUGUGGGAAAGAGAGAGCUCAGGGCUCCACCCUCCUUGCAGCUGGGGGAUGGUGCUGGAUGUAUCUCAAUUAGUCUCUCUGUUAUUACUUAGAUCCUGGCCGCAGCCAUUCCCUUUAUGGCUCUCAUUCCCUGCCCAUGCACCCAGGCAGCACUCAUCUAACUCUCUCUGCCAAGCGCUAUGCAUGUUGGGAAAUUCCUUGGGGUGGGCUAUGCCCCAAGGACAACGUCCUGUUUACAUAUCUGAGUGCCUGAGCUGGAUUCUGCAUUUGCAUCCUUUUAGAACCGAAACUGACCAACAGAGGUCUUUCACAGAAGAGAGGGGAGGCUGAGUUCUGACCCACUGGGUUUGCCAGUCCAGCUCCCUUCAUGGGCAAGACACUGACUUAGAUUUCAAGGGACCAGACCAGUCACAAGUAUGAAACAUUCCAAACACUGACAGUGAAGGAUGGCUGGGGGAAAACACUUUCCGAGAAUGCACAUUCCCCUGGACAUAGCUCUGGGAGUUAGCCAGCCAAAGAAGUUCCCAGGUGUAUAGUAUUUACACCAGAGGCAGUGGAGUGGGCUCGGGGGUGUCACAGUCUCCCCUUGACCUUCUAACUCCUUCUCCUUGACUACUCUCCCCACCAAACUGGCCAAUUAGCCAAGGACAAGUGCGUGUUGCCCUAACUUCCUCUUUCCCCUGAUCCCCGGCUCUAGAACAGCAAGAUGGAGAGCUGCAGAGGGAUUCCGUAAGAUUGUUUUCUCCUUACACCCAUGGAGAAUCAAAACCAAGAAGAUCAAAUUCCACAUUUGAAGGGUGUGCAGGUUUCCAGAGACGGAAUUCACUUUCGGAAAUCCCCCCCUCUGCUCUCCCUGUCCCCACCCACGAAACAAGCCAACAUUUGAGUGCCCUGCUCUGGGCCAGGCCCUGGGUUGGGAGCAAGACAGAUACGGUCCCUGCUCUCAUUUUCUUUCCAAUGCAAGGACCACAGCCAGGCCAACAGGUGAUUGGAAUACCCCAUGCUGAGUCCUUGAUGGGGACAAUGUGGGUGGGUGUGGGAACACGAAGGGGGCACCUAACCCAGACUUGGGAGAGGACCCAGAGAUUGCUAGAGCUGUCUCAUCCAAACUGAGGACAAAAGGAAAGAUAAGAGUCUGCAAAAAGGGGAAAGGAAAAGCAUUUCAGCAGCAGGAAUGGCCUAUGCAAAAGCUCAGGAGAGGGAAGGGAAGCAUGAUAAAAUUAGGAAACUGCAUAGCAGCUUCCCAACCUCCCAAUGUCCCGUCUCAUCCCCUCUUGGCCUGCAUUCCCCCUGCUCCCCUAAGUGCCCAGUGCAGCUUCUCAGGGCACAUUGAGGGCCUCCUGGCAUGCAUGGUAGAAACUGGAAGGGUUUCCAGAGGGCCCACCACACAGAGAGCACUGUGAGGUAAGUCCUCCCCAAACCCGGGCUUACCUGUAACAACCAGAGGCCCUCAGGUGUAGACCAGGAGGGGUACCUGUGAGAAAGCUAGCCACCAUGCUGCCCUGGGCCAGGUUUGAGGCCAAGUGGGGAGCAUUUGAUAAUAAGGUAUGAAAGGAAGGCAUCCUGCCCUGUAACCAUCAUUGGCUUGAGGUGACUCCCAUCACUGCUCAACCUUCUGCCCUGCCCCGGUCACCAUGGCAACCCCUUUCUCUCUAACAGGCCUCCAGGUAUCUCCAUCCUUCAUGGUGGUUCCACAUGCAGAGUCAGAACCUCACCUUGUUCCCUCUGCAUCAUGGGAAAUUCCAUGGAGGCAGGUACCUGUGACAUGGGGACAAUCCCUGCCUUACACCACCUGAGGACCCAGAGAUCAGGGAGCCUGUGGACUUUGAGCCUCACCCAGAUGGCCAUGUCUUUCGUUGAGACAGUGUGGCAGGGUCCUCUCGCCCACCAGUCUCCUGCACAGGUGCUCAGGACCAAUCUUGGGGGAGUUGCAAGUGUUAUGUCACUAAUUAUAGUUCUAGUGCCUCAAGUGACAGGGCUUUCAGAUCAUUGCCCUUUCUCUGACAUAAAAGCAGACUCAAUACAUCAUCCUCACAUUAUAACAUCGUCCUCACGUUUCUUGAUGCUGUCUUACGUGGAGCAAAUGGAGUGGAUUCCCCGCUAGCUCGCUGGAAACCCACACUUCCCAACAGCUUGUAGUCUGGGCACAGCUGUGGGAGGAGGACCCAGGUGGGUGCUGCCACUGGGUGUGUCUUAGGGCACGGAAGUUUGGGGACAGCCAUGGCUCUAGAAGGCGUCCACGUUCUGGACUCGCUGUGCAGCCUGCAGCAGUACUCACCCACAUUCUCUGCUCCUCAAGCUCAGUUGCUUAGAAAGAAAAAUGAGGAAAAGAUUCUGAGGAAAGACCCCCAAGCAUCAUUCGACCCCACUGGGACCCCCCACGUGAGUGUGGGCCUAGGAACAUGCCAGCAUCGUGCUGAGGGGCCUCUGCAGGAGACCGUCACCACGCGGAAGGCUGAGGGAAGAAUGUGCCUGCUCUGUGCAUGCAGCCCAUGCCAGAGGCCAUGUUUCUGGAAAAAAGCAUCACCACCCUGACUCUGUUCAUUCCCAUGGAUGAGAGACAGGCCCAGCAUCCCCAUGUUUGGCUAACUGGACUGCAUUAUCUCACCCACAGCUGCUCUGUUUGGGAAAGUCCGAUUGAAUCUGAGUCCUAAGGGAAUUGAUGUAAUAUCGAAUUGUGUUCUAUUUAGCAGUGUCUGCUGUGUUUUCAUUCCAUUCCAUCAGGAAUUCCAAGACUAUCCACUAAUUCAUUCGUCUCCAAUGCCCUCUGCCAUGGUCACAUGUCCUCCGCCCCCUCCCCAGAGAGCUGUCUGGGAGAAGGGGACAGUGCGGGUUUCACGCACGGCUCCUCCGGUGCUUCAUAGGAGCUGAGGGCUCUUCUCUGAGAUGCUGACGGGGCAGACAGGUCAGAAGCUCCUGACUCCUUCCAUCCUCACAAGCCCAGUAGAGAGACCCCAAAAGGGAUAUGGAAAAGAACCCUCCAGAAUUAAUCAGUGGUCCAGGGGGAAGCAGGGUGACCUCAGGGUCAGCCUGUCAAUGUCCCCAUGAACUCAGGCAAGCAAGCACAAGAAGGGGUGACAGUUCAGCUCCCAAGACGUCCGUGGCCUCCUUCUUCCUUCUAAGCCCUUCUCCCUUUCUCCUGGUCAGUCUCUCUGCUUUUCUGUGUCUUCAGUCCUGGCCCUUCUCUGCUUGGCUCCC